AUGGCGGCGUUCAUGAGAGGUGUGAGCCACGAGAUAUUAAUUUCUGUAGGGAGAAGUACGUUGUUUAGGAAAGCAGCGCCUACCGCUAUAGACUCAAGGAGAUAUGUCCGUGCUCUCAGACGAAGACCCGUAUCGGUGGUGUAUCCAGAUGGCCAGCGUGAGACAUUGCGAAAACCCUAUCAGAUACUCGAUUCUGAGAGUAAACAGUCUAAACAUCAACCCAGUACACUUCAGACAGAGAGACAAACGGCGGGCAAAGACAUCUUUAAAAAACAUGCUCCUCAAAAGGCGUCCACUAAGCACGGGGAUAACGCGGCGAUAACAGGUGAACAUUUGUCUCAGUUUACGGACGAACCGGGAUCAUUAAAAGAAAAACUCAGUGGUUUGCGAAUCGAAAAGGCUCUACCGGGUGACAAGAAAUUAGGGAAGGUCGUGAGUAUUGCUCGUUCAAGGACGUACCGGGAGCAGCAGGGGAAGAUAUUACUCGAGGGGCGACGUCUUAUUUGUGAUGCUCUGAACGCCGGAGCCAUACCUCAGAUCGUGUUCUUCAGUAAAGCAGAACGGCUGUGUGAGCUUCCCAUUGAAAAACUGAAACGAGCGUCUCUUGUCAAGGUCAAAUUUGAAGACAUCAAAAUUUGGUCUGAUUUGGUCACCCCACAAGGCGUGAUAGCAAUAUUUUCCAAACCCGAUACAUCUCGGUUGGAGUUUCCCAAGGAUCUCCGUCUUCAGACAGUCCCUUUGUCACUGAUCUGUGAUAACAUCCGUGACCCUGGGAAUCUGGGGACGAUUUUGCGAUGUGCUGCAGCUGCUGGCUGUGAUAGAGUGCUUCUCACUAAGGGAUGCGUGGAUGCCUGGGAACCAAAAGUGCUGCGAGCCGCGAUGGGUGCCCACUUCCGUCUCCCCAUCUUUCCCAGUUUGUCCUGGGAUGAUAUUCCAGAACACUUACCGGCGGCAGUGACGGUUCACGUAGCGGAUAACUGCAGCAGCUCACAGAGGGCCGAAGAAACAGAGACCCCAUCUAAGAGAGUCCUAAAACCAAGUGAUUUGGGAUGGGUUAGCAACAGGCCAAACAGUAAACAGAGACACUUUGAGGAGAUGGACUCAGACUCCGAUGAUGAGUUUGACGACUCAGAUGUUGAGGAUAAUGUGAGUAAAUUUUCUUUUCCCCGCGUGGAGCCCAAACUGUACCUUGAAAGCUGGAUUCAGAAAAACACUGCACUAGUCAUUGGUGGCGAGACACAUGGACUCAGCCUGGAAGCUCUCCAGCUAGCCGAGAAAACAGACGGUAGACGACUCUUUGUUCCUGUGGCUUUGGGAAUGGACAGUUUAAACUCUGCCAUGGCUGCCAGUAUUCUGUUGUUUGAGGGUAGAAGGCAGCUAUUGAGUCCUGGCAGAAGAGAAAAAUCUAAAAUACAUUGAAAAUUGCCUUUAUAU